AUGAACUCCGAAGAAAGGAUUGAAAUUGGAUUGUCAACUAUUGACGAAUCUGGUUCCAUUUUAUCAGAUAUCAGCUUUGACAAGACUGACGAAUCGCUGGAUUGGGAUUCUUCUUUGGUAAAGACUUUCAAACUGAAGAAGAGAGAAAAGAGGCGCUCUAGUAGCCGACAGUUCAUUGAUGGUCCCCCUGGACCUGUAAAGAAGACUCGUUCCAUUGGCUCCACAGUAGACCAGGGGAAUGAAUCCAUAGUUGCAAAAACUACAGUGACUGUUCCCAAUGAUGGCGGGCCCAUCGAAGCUGUGUCCACAAUUGAGACUGUGCCAUACUGGACAAGAAGCCGAAGGAAAACAGGUCCACUGGGUACUUUGCAACCUUGGAAUAGCGACUCCACCUUGAGCAAUAGGCAGCUGGAGCCAAGAACUGAGACAGACAGUUCCAGCACUCCACAGAGUAAUGGAGGGAUGCGCCUGCAUGACUUUGUCUCUAAGACGGUUAUUAAACCUGAAUCUUGUGUUCCAUGUGGAAAGCGGAUAAAAUUUGGCAAGCUGUCUCUGAAGUGUCGCGACUGUCGUGUGGUCUCUCAUCCAGAAUGUCGGGACCGCUGUCCCCUUCCCUGCAUUCCUACCCUAAUAGGAACGCCUGUCAAGAUUGGAGAGGGAAUGCUGGCAGAUUAUGUGUCCCAGACUUCUCCAAUGAUCCCCUCCAUUGUUGUCCAUUGCGUAAAUGAGAUUGAGCAGAGAGGGCUGACUGAGACAGGCCUGUAUCGGAUCUCUGGCUGUGACCGGACAGUAAAAGAGCUGAAAGAGAAAUUCCUCAGAGUGAAAACUGUACCCCUCCUCAGCAAAGUGGAUGAUAUCCACGCUAUCUGUAGCCUCCUGAAGGACUUCCUCCGAAAUCUCAAAGAACCCCUUCUGACUUUUCGGCUAAACAAGACUUUCAUGGAGGCGGCAGAACUCACAGAUGAGGACAACAGCAUAGCUGCCAUGUACCAGGCUGUUGGUGAACUGCCCCAGGCCAACAGAGACACAUUAGCUUUCCUCAUGAUUCACUUGCAGAGAGUGGCUCAGAGCCCAAACACUAAAAUGGAUGUGGCCAAUCUGGCUAAAGUCUUCGGGCCUACCAUAGUUGCCCAUGCUGUGCCCAAUCCAGAUCCAGUGGUAAUGUUACAGGACAUCAAGCGUCAGCCCAAGGUGGUAGAACGCCUGCUUUCACUGCCCCUGGAAUACUGGAGUCAGUUCAUGAUGGUGGAACAAGAGAACAUUGACCCCAUGCAUGUCAUUGAAAACUCAAAUGCCUUUUCAACACCACAGACACCAGAUAUUAAAGUGAGUUUACUGGGGCCUGUGACCACUCCUGAGCAUCAGCUUCUCAAGACUCCUUCAUCUAGUUCCCUGUCACAGAGAGUGCGCUCCACCCUCACCAAGAACACGCCCAGAUUUGGGAGCAAAAGCAAGUCUGCCACCAACCUAGGACGACAAGGCAACUUUUUUGCUUCUCCGAUGCUCAAGUGAAGUCACAUCUCCUGUUACUUGCCCGCAUUCCCUGGCUGCAAGGAAGGGCGCACCUGUAUUCUCUGCUCUGCAGCCUCCUGUACUCAUUACUACUUUUAGCAUUCUCCAGGCUUUUCAUCAAGUUUAAUUGGGCAUGGGGGUUUUAUUAAAACUAUAUAUAUCUCCCUCUCUUUCUCCUCAAGUAAUGUCAUAUCAACACCUUGUGCUGUCGUUGUUGGGAGCUUUUAGAUGGGAGAUCUUUACAGCGGUAGAAGGGAGAAUAUGGAAUUCAUUGUGACUGGGGGCAGGGGGGGGCUGGGGCGGGCGCAUCCCUUUGGCUUAAAGCCAAAUGCUGCUCAUGACUGAUCCUUCUCUGGUGUUAUUUAGAACGAAUUUCCAUGAGACAGUGACAGAAGCUGCACCUCUUUGGUUAAGACUGACUUGUCUCAGGGUGGGAGGUGGGAGGGCAGGGUAAAGAAAGGUUGGACAGAGGAUUUAGGAUGGCUCCUUCUGAGAACUUGGAGGUCCCCUUCCCCCAGUAUGAACUCAGCUGUAACGUGGAGCCUUCAUAAAAAUGGAUAGGGUGAGGACAGAACCAGUGAUGGGGGUGUGCUUAUUAGCUUCGAUUCGGAUUGAUUAGGUGUAAUAGUGUUAAGUGGCACAACCUUGUAAAAGUGAUACUACAACUUGUAUUUAUCUCUAAUGGGCCUCUGGCUGGACUUUGGUUUGCUUGGGGUCAAAGCCAGUUUGUAUUUCAGUUGAAUUCGUUCUGAUGCUUGACCCUCCUGUCCCCUUGUCCAUUGGAGCCCGACUUCUAAAGGUCCUAUGCCGUCUAUCUGGCGUCCCAGUUCACAAUUAAGAGUAGGCUAUAAGGGGAGAUUGUCAAUAUUUUGUGGGGCAAGAAAAGCCACAGUCAUUUUGUCUUUGCACUUUGGUUGCUAAAAUCUUCCUAUGGAACAUAGCCACAUCUAGAUAAAUAAGAACUUUUUCUUUUAUUAAAAUUAUUUCCAAUGUCUACAAAAAUGCUUUCUUCUGUAGAAUGUUUUUGACCCAUAGUCACCUUUGUCUGUAAAACACCUAUUUAGAAUAAUAUUUGGAAAAAAGUAAAUCGUAUUUUCAAAAGUU